AUGAAGCUGGGCUCUGCUCUCGCUUUGAGUGGACUACUCGUAAUUGGCACGGUCGCGCAUCCGCUCAAUGUCAAACGCGCUGUGACUACCGAGGUGGUUUUCGUCACCGAGACGGUUGCUGAAGCGGUUGUCUACGUGGACGAGAAUGGCGCGCCGUACCUCACCUCGACUGUGGAGCGAGUUCCCAGCGUCCCGUCGACUUCAGUCGAGCCUACCUCCGUUGCGUCUUCCGCUGUUGUCCCUACCUCAGCUCCGGCCGAGUCUCCUCAGCCAGUGCCAGCUCCGCCGCCUAGCCCAUCGUCCUCUGACGUACCGUCCUCUUUUGUUGUUGCAAACGUGGAACCCACGUCUAGUGCUGUGCUACCACCACCUGCGCCGAAGCCGACUUUUGUAGCUCCAGAGCCGACUUCUGCAGCUCCAGCCCCGGCGCCCACUUCAGAAGCUCAGGUUCCAGCACCUGAGCCUUCAGUACAAGCCCAGGAGGCUCCCGCAUCGCAGCCAAGCACUAGCUCCAGUGACUCCUUCCCUCUCGGCAUCACCUACGAUCCGUACAAAGGUACGACUAACAACGUUGAUUGCAAGACUACAGACGAGAUAGCUGCGGACUUCGACACGAUGAAGGAUUAUGGAAUCGUUAGAAUAUAUGGAAACGACUGUGGUCAAAUUCCAGUCGCUGUCCGAGCAGCCAAGAAGAACGGGCAGAAGCUGAUGGGCGGAAUCUAUGCGCCGCUUCAGGACGUCGAUAGCGUCGUUAGUGCUUUGUCGGACGCAGUCAAGCAACAGAACGGCGGCAGCUGGGACAUCAUCAGUCUCGUUAGUGUCGAAAAUGAGAGAGUCAAUGCAAAGGCAAUGACAGCUAGCGACGCUCAAUCUACCAUCGACCAAGCACGUUCAGCUCUCCGGAAUGCUGGAUUCAACGGACCGGUUGGGGCAGUGGAAACUGUCCCUGCUGUUAUUGACAACCCAGGAGUAUGUUCCACAUCCGAUCUGGUGCUGGUCAACAUUCAUGCCUGGUUCGAUCCGAACACCAAGGCCGCGGACGCAGGAAAAUUUGUCAAGGGUGAGGUCGCGCGCGUCCAGAAGGCGUGUGGCAACAAGCGCGUUGUGGUCACUGAGUCCGGUUGGCCGCAUCAGGGCGACAGCCACGACCAAGCCGUGGCUUCGCCUGAUGCCCAGAAAGCCGCACUCGCUUCGAUCCGUGCCGAGUUCAACUCCGAUCUCUUCCUCUUCAGCUCCUUCGAUUCGCUCUGGAAGUCCGACGACCCUUCCACUUUUAACGCAGAGAAGUACUGGGGUAUUUUGUGA